UUUCAUAAUCCUUCGUAACGCCACAAGCGGACUGUUCGUAUUUUUCGGACAUUUCUCGCUAGAGACUUACAUCACACAAUUUCACGUGUGGAUGGCGGCCGAUGCUAAAGGAUUAUUGGUGGUCACACCUCCAGAAUUGUCCACUGGAGAGUUGACAAGUUGGAUAGUUGGUGAAAGAAGUAAUGCUCAUAGAGUAAUAAAUGAUGAGCCAAUAGGUAUCUCAGGGACGACUACGUCGCUGAUGCAUCCGAACAUCGGUAAUUGCAAGAACGAUGAAGCAAACGAUUCCGUGGUCGUGAUAUAUAAUAACGGAGAGCCGAACGAACUGAAUAAUAAAACGACGAACCUUAAUGGAUAUGUGAUUAAAUGUAUGAAGAGUAGGUUUGUGGACUGGGGAAGAGUGAUGGUUUCAUUAAAAGUCAAAUUGGGAAUU